GGGAAAUCAUCCGAAUUCAAUAGCUGUUUGUCAGCCGAAAUCACUUCUUACCAAGCCCCACCAUGCAUGUUGCCAUCUCUGGACGAAGAUGAGAUUCAGAAGUCAGUCUCAUCCCUGCAAGAUGUUGUGGUUGUAGAGUCGGCAAUGAAAUUGUACAACGAACUUGACUCCCUGAGCGAGACACAUUUCACAUAUCAACUCAGGGCAAAUGGGCUUCAUGAUUUGUUGAUCACCACGGAAGACAGACUGGUUCAGUUCUGGCCGGGGAGACCCACUCUGCAGACAUUCUUGAUUGUUCGUCGUGGAAUCUUGACCUCCUCGAGCUGCCCGACUUUACAGAUCUGCCGGACCUUCCAGAGCCCCGUUCUACCAAAGACUCGCAGGGCAUGGGAGAUCAGUCAACCUCACCCGCGUCUCCGUUGCACGGUUUGCCUCCCACAUCUUCUGGAGAAAAUGGACUGGUCGAUUCAGAAUCUCAAUCGCGAGCGUUGCGAUUGAUUGUUCGCCUU